UGUUUUGCGUCAUGUAAAAAAUUACUGAAAAAAGAAAAAAAUUGUAAUUGUAAAAGUUAGGAAUUCCGAAGUAAAAAAGAACAAACGUACAGGUAAAACGUGCACGAAUAUUCGUCGAUAGCUUACUAAUCAAUUAAUCUUACAGAUGGAGACUGUCGGUAUAAGGGGCUUUUCGGAAUUCUGCGAUGAGCUGAACGAGAUAAGGUUAAAAUUUCAUAAAUGGGACACUUGUGAAAAAACCGUAGGUAUAUACUAUCUACUAUUAGGACUACCCUUCGCGAAUGCAAGGUUCAUACAAAAUGCUUUAGAACAAUACAUCAACAGGAUGCAAUGUCAUGAAGCUCAGGUGCUCGAAGCGAACGCAAACGACACGAAUUUUCUCUCUAGUUGUCUUGCGAAGAGCCCCCAGUUGGCUCUGUCCCUAAUAUUAACCCACUUGCCUUUACUUAGACCAGGCAACAAGGAAGCUGCCGACUGCUAUCUAAAGAUCAUCACACACCUCAUGACAGAGUCUCUCUCUUCAGUCGGGAAUGAAUUUGUAGACAUAUUCUCUUACUUGUUCAUACACCCAGCGUUCACAGAAGAAAACAAAAAGUCUUCUAAGGAUAUGCUCAAACAGAUGGUAUAUAAAGUUCUGCCACCUCCGCCAAAAUUCGAAGGCAGUCCUGAUGUCAAUGAGGACACAUCUAGUCAAUAUUUUGAGUUUGCUGAGGAUAGCAUGAGGUUACCGCCUAUUAGGACAGAACAGCAGAGGUCACACAGCUUGACACCGUACACACAAGAUGUCUUAUUAGAUAAAGAAAGGUGGACACUGGGAAAUGUCGAUGGAAAUGAACCAUCUCAAAAACCAAGAAGCUAUUCUUUAUGUACUGAGGUCCCGUUGUUGCAAGCACCUAAUAAAAUGGUUACGUAUUCAGAAACGAGACUGUCUGAACUGGUCUUGACAAACAACCUGCCCGCUAUGAAGAGCAUAAUAUCAUGGUUGAAGUCUCUUAGGUUACACAAAUACAGUUGGCUGUUCCACAAUCUGACAUAUAGCCAAGUGAUAAACUUGAAGGAAGAAGACUUGUCUGCUAUAGGUAUAACAAAAGGUGCAAGACACAAACUCUUGCUGAGCAUCAGUAAAUUGAACGAAAGGGCUACAGUUUUAAAUGAGUUAGAGGCUGAGGUCAUUAAAGAUUGUGACCUAAGUGUAGCUCUUAAAAAACUCAAGAGCAUAUUGCAGAGCCCCCUACAAUUGACUACCGGCGAGGAUCUCGUCACACAAUUCAUCAAAGUUACAGGGAAAGUUUGUACCCAGCUUCUGAUGUUGCAACAUAGGCCAGACGAUCUAGUCAGUCAAUUCACUUCGCUGUGUGAAGAUGCAGAAACCACAGAUCAUUUCAGUGAAGACCAAAAACGACGGCUUGCCAUGUGGAAAGAUCAGUUGUUAGUCACGCUUGAUUCACAUGCGCGUUGCAGUUAUACCCAUAGCCAUAAAGGAUAUGAUACUAAUACUUUCAAAAGAAAUAAGUACUCCAACAGGUGCUACGCAUCCAAAACGUACUCUACAAACACGUACUCGAGAAAAUGCUCUUCGUUCGCGAAAAACAAGCCGGCGCACAGGCAUUCAGUCGGCAGCGAAACGCUAAAAUCUCAACUGUUAAAAAUCAAACCAAAGGACUUUCUGAAUCCCACCAGACAGGAGUAUUUCAACGACGACUGGGCGACGGAUUCCAGAAAGUUGUUCGUCAAAGAACGACCGUCGAAUUCCAGCGUCGACAUCGAAACGAACCUCGAGUCUCUCUGUAUACAGAUGAUGGAGCACGCAUUGGGACCUUAGUGCUUUAUUAAUGUCAAUGUGAUAGAUUUCAGUCAGAUUUUAUUUAUCAAUCGCCUUGUAGGUUGCCGUCUGGAGGCCGGGGAUACUUGAUAACAUUGGAUUUCAGAAGUGGGCUACAAUAAGUUGUUCGGUAACAAUUGACACUUUUUUGACAAUAUAUUUUAUCUGUCUUCCAGGUGACACUUCGUUUGUUUCUUUCUUUCGUUUUCACAUUCCUUCACAGUAUGUUACUACGAUAAAUUGAAAGGUCCUGUUGCAUGCUGAGAUUGUACGACAAGCGAGCAUGAGUUUAUCUGUCGUUUUUCAAUGCACGAGACACAUCAACCUCGUCCGUCGUCCCGAUAACGCCAAACCCGAAAACGCGAAAACCCAUCUAGAACUACCGUCGUAUCACUUGCCGUUCCAGGGACGAUUGACGUGUCUGGUACAUCGAAAAAACCGACACAUAACCUCAUACUCGCUUGUCGCUUUGUCGUAACACUUGCCGUUCCAGGGACGAUUGACGUGUCUGGAACAUCCGACAGAUAACCUCAUUCUUGUCGCUUUGAAGUGCUGGAUGUCCUUUGGGGAACGGAAAUGCAUAUCUCAGACGGUCCUGAGCUUUGCUCAGAUUGUUGCAGGAAGACACUAUAUAGGAUUGUGAAAAUGGAAGGGAAAAACAAAGUGUCGACACGUUUAGCUAUCUUAUUCGUAUUUCCCAGAAAUUAAUCAUUAGAUUGCUUUGGUUUCAUGAGAACUUUUGCUCAGGAAGACGAGAAAUAUUUUCUAUAUGUUGUUUUAUGUGACGUCCUUUGGGGUGAUAAAAUUGAUACAUAUUCUAUAUUCUAGCGUAAAAGUGGCUGUUGAACAUUGCAAGAUAGCAGUAACUGUUUUUAUUGGAAUUGGAGAUUAUGUGAUCUCUUUUUGGAGCUUUCUAUUAGUGAUUUUUUUUAUUAAAAAAAAUGUUCAAAAUGGUGCCCAUCCUCAAUUUUGAAAUAUUCGAGAUAUAAAAUUUAUGCAGCCCCUAUUUAACUGGUACCCUUCAAAAGACGAGUGUGGUGGACCGUUUCUAAGAAUGAUACACUGAUUGCAGCUCAUUUCAAACAGAAAUCACCCAGUCAUAAAUGCAAAUUCCUAACCUCCAAAUAGCAAGUCGCUUAUAGAUAUUUCAGAUAGCUCCAACAGCCGGAUUUCUAUAUAAAUUCACCCUUCAUAUUUUUGACGAAAAAUUCAUCCCAGUUUUGUCAAAGAAAAAAAAAGGUUCUGAAUGACGUAUUUCACUAAUGUGAAUGUUGUAUUUUUUUGUAGUGAUACAAUCACCACUUGACUAACGGAUAUUAGCACAUUGCUUCAUUGUUAUUUGCAUUUAAAAUUAAGAAAAAACUUUGGCAAAAUUGGGAUUGUGGCUUUAGUUAAGUUUUGAGAAGGAAAGGGCUGGUCCCAUAACCUCAAAUGAGUAGACGAUUUCUGAGUUGUACAAAAAACGUUAUUAUUUAUUUGACACAUUUGAUGUUGCUCGCUAUUAUUAAAGAUAGAAAAUGACGGUUAAGCUAUCGUGAAUACAAAAAAAAAUAAUAAUAAAAGUAAAUAAUGAGUUUUUAUGUUGUAAAUAUUUUUGUUAUUUGCUAUAUAUUUUAUCUUAAAGGCAAACAUGAUUAUAUGUUUUUUAUGCAUUUUUUGUGCAACUUGGGUGUCUUAAAAAAUGUGUUAUGAUUGUUAGAAAUGAUGGCUGUUGGAUAAAAAAAUGCCUAGAUUUUAAAUGUGACAUGGCAAGAAUUUUAUUUUUGCGUGAUACUUUUGAUUCGUACUAUAUUUAAAAAAGUCAUAAGUCGUACUAUAUAGCACAUAGGUGGAAAACGAGUAUUUUUUAUAUUUUAUUGUCUUCCAUUUUUAAUAUUGUUUUUUGUUAGGUGAUGUUUUGUGAUGUUUUAUACUUGAGAUUGUGUAAAUAGUAAUCUAUAAAUGAAUGAAUAGACAAUGUUUCAUUACUGCACA